AUGGCCAGACCCAAGGCAGCUGCGAAAAAGAAGCAGCCUCUGUCAAGUGACAAGAGAAAGAGUGCCAACCAAGACCCUUCAGACUCGGAAUCCUCCCCGGCUGCCAACAAGAAAUCGAAACACUCUGACCCUGACAAGUCCACAAACGGUCGUGUGUUGUUGAAACUGCCUCCGGUCCCCGAGGCCGAUCGCCGAAGCCCUCACGACCUGGACACCUUCCGCCCAAUGAUCCACCCCACUAACCGAGAUGGCGAAACCGGGUUGUCGCAUCUGCAAAACUUCGAGGCCAAUAUGAGAAAGGACCUGGGCGAAGACAAUGAGGGCGAGAACGAGAUAAUCUUCUCUUCUGCUCAGAUCUCCCGCGCCAUCCAAAUCCACAAACAUUACAGUACUCCAACCAUCUUGAAGUACUUUACGGAAAAGGGAGGCUUCGCCGGCUCGUGCGGUUUUCCACUCAAGGAGUUUACCACGAUGGGCCUCAGAUUCGAAAGAAUACUGGCAGAGAUUCUAGAGAUCGAGGACCCUGAUCUCCUCGAUCCCCGAGAUAUGACGACGCACAAAUCUGCGGUGUUGCGCUUAAACCCCAAAGCCUCCACCACACGUAUCCACGGAUCACAUGAUGGCGACGGGUACGACGUCGAUAAUGCAAAGUUCACGGAAGAGACGACCGAGCUGCUCCAUCAGAUGGUGUACAGACACGACCUACCCGAAUCUAUCCAAGAGCGAAUGAAGGAUGCACAAAGCACUGCCCUGAGUCAAAACACCACAACGUUGAAACACAUGCUCCACGGCGACAAGACCCGACCUGCGAAAUUCGCUGAUGUGAAGAUCAUCGUCCCUACGAAGACUGACCCUGAGAAGACCACCACUAUCAAGAUCCCGGUAAACUUCUCGGCCGCCAAUCCCCAAUCAGUCCAAGAUCUCAGCCAACGACCUCAUUUCGUCUGCCAGGACAUGUACAACCGUAAAAAGUGGCAGUCGGGGAACGACAGAGGCCAAGACAUCCACAAGGCGAUCUACGACAUCCAUGGCCACACGAAGAGAGCGUCUACAUUCGAUCUCCGCCAACUCAUGAACAUGCACGAUUUCGUUCUCAGAGUCCGCGGCAUGAAACGACGCAAUCCGAGCAGAUUCACCGAGGCCAUGAUCUCGCCCGCACGCUACGUGCUCUAUGAGAUGGUCCACUACAAUUGGGAAUAUGAUAAGGCCAUCGCUACCCGCUUCGCAGGUCUACUCAAGGAUCGAUGGGCUGAGAUUGGGAAUGUUUUCAUCCCAUCCGCAUCGUAUCAUGCUCUGAAGUUGAUUCAGAUCUUAGAGGACGCCGCCGGUCUCAUGGAGGAAUAUCCCUCCACACGACUCACAUACCCAAAGCAUCAUACCGAUCCCAGCUAUCCCUUCAAUCAUGGAAGAAUACACCCGUUUCCUCUCAAGGCUCUGGAAGUCAAGGAGUUAGAGCACGGUGUCGAAUCUUUCCAGGAGCUCUGGACUGUCACAACUGCCGCAAGAACUUUCGUUGACAAUGAAUCUCAUGAAUGGGAGGAUGAAGACGACGGCGGAAGAGAGAAAUUGCUUGCUUUCAUGAAACGUCUUCGGGAUGUUUGGUUGAUCUCACAACUCCUCUGUUACCGGGAUGACACUUGGCUCUGGGAAGACUUUGCCGAGAGCGACGAAUUCUACAAGCCUGAAGUCGUGAGACUCAAGCCCAAAUCUGAAGCCGACGAUGACCAUGAUACCGGAACCGCAGAUGCUACAAACCAACCCGUAGAUCUCACACUUACAUCCACGCCCACAGAGCCUGAGUCUGCGAUUGCAGAUGUCGAUAUGCCAGACGAUACAAUCCAGCCCGAAGCUUCUGCGCUCGCACCUAUGCACACAGAUCCCGAGUCUACUAAUGCAGAUGCCGAUAUGACAGAUGCUCCGGCAUCCCCGGCUACGUCUGAAUCAGGAUCCGAAGGGGUCAAGACUGAGGCUAUAUCGAGCAGCGUUCAGGAGAUUCAGGCUUUGGUUCCUACUUGGCGCGCCUUUGCCAUUCUACCACGUUGGCACAAUAUUCCCUAUCUAUACGCGAUGCUUAACGAUCAGUCAGAUCUUGGUCUCGAGGAUCUCGAGGAAGAUCUCUUCGUACGUCUCGAUGAGCCAAUUCGUCAAGUUCGCAGGGCCGAAGGUGAUGACUCCAGCGACGAGGACACAGAUUCGGAUGAAGAUGAAAGUACAGCUGACGAGGACGACAACAACGAAUGA